AGCAAGAACAAGAGUUGGCAUUACAAAAAAUACAUAUACUUAGUACAAUUUUUCUGUGUUUGUCUCUUUGUUAUUAACCAUGAAUAUGGAAUUGCGCGCCGAAAGCUUCAAAAGAUUAGUGAAUUUGCUCAAAGAUGCUGGCGUCUACGAGGAAGGCAUGGAUGAAGAGGAGAUGCUCCAGUUGGUGGAUGUCAUGCAGAUGUCAAUGAUUGACUCUUGCCAAAUGCCGGAGAGCGAGCUAGAGUUUCUGAGCCUGCAGCCGAAUAAUUUACACAGCUCCACUUUGAUUGUGGCGCCACCGGUGCCCGCCAGCAAUGUCUUCGAUGCCUGGGGCAGUCCACCCACCGAACCCAUUUACCUGACCGUCCAGGCUUUGGUGCAUCAUGCCAUGGAUUGGAGUCCAUCGAAGAGGGAAGGGCUAAGUCGCUCUCGAAAAAGAAGCUCUACGGAUAACAACCCGCCUUUAAGCGAGCCGAGCGCCAAGCGUUCUAUGCCGCUAAUGAGCGAACGUCAAGGAGCACAAGGGAUCACCAGCUAGCCGAACAGCCCUAUAAUCCCAAUGCCACGCCGGUUUCGCUGAACCAACACGAUGUGGACGAUUCGGGCGUCAGUUGGGAAGAAGUAUCGCUUUCCAGCGUUAGCGAUGGCAGCUCGAUGCCCUCCAUUGGUGAGAUUCCCAGUGGUUACAUGGUCAGCACCAGUAGUGUCGCCGUCUCUGAAUUCUCCGAAAGCCACGAAGAAACUAGCCGCGGUCAAAUCUACGAAUAGUUUCCUCAAGGUCAUCUUUUUGAUGGACUUUAUUCGAAGUCUGCCAUUAUUAUAAAUAAAUAAAAUUUUUCAAAAGAAUAUUGUAAAACGAUAAUAAAUUCCAUUGCAAGAUAAUAAUGUAUUAUGAUUUGUAUUUAAUUUUAAGAACAUGUUUUACCAUUUUCCAUUAAUCUUUACUAUUAUUUCG